AUGGGCCCCCGAGGUGUGCCCCGGUGCGCGCACGAGCAGGCGUGGGCCAACUCCAUCUCCACGCGCAGCGAGGGCCUCCCCGCAGACAGGCCUCCGCAGCCGCUGCGGCUGCCCAUCUCGCGGCGCUCCUGGUCGCCCGACAGGCCCCGGGUCCAUCGCGCCGCGGCGCCCGCGGGCGCAGCGCGGCCCCCGCUGAGCGCCGCGCUGCCGCAGGGGGCGCGGCUGCCCAUCGGCAGGCGCUCCUGGCGACAGGGUGGGCCCUCCUGCGGCGGCGCAGGGGCGGACCUGUGA